AUGGAGGCAGGCAUAAGGGCGGCCGAGUCAGAAGAACACCGCCAGCACAUUAAAGAUUUGAAAGCGAUUCACGCCUUGCAAGAAAAGGAGAAAAGAGAAAAGAAGUUGAAGCGAAAAGAGAUAUCAGCCUCAGAAAGACCAAGAACAGUGACUGAGGAAGUUCAAUCGUUGAAUGAUUUCGUAGAUGCAAUGAUUGUAGACCCCGAGGAAGCAUCUGCGAGCAAGGGCCCUUCUAAAGUGUCUCCUGUGAAGCCAACAAAGAUUUCAAAGCCUCCAGUACCUCCACAAAGGGUUCGUCCCUUUCAAGAACUCUACGACAAGCUGAUCAAAGAUACCGGGCCUUCAGUUGCCAAAGAAAUUUGUCUGCUAAAGAAUCAAGUAAACGACACGAACCUUCUGAGGGAAAAGAUCAAGGAUCAGAGGAAGAAAAACAAAGAAAUGACUGCAUACAUGGCUAAACAGUCCAAGUUCAUCAGAUUCCAGCAAGCGGGAUUGGAGAAAAUGUAUAGAAUGAUGAGGAACAUGUGUGAGCAAAUGAAAGUGAAACCCAUGUUUUCCUUUGAAGAAAUCUUCGAUUUUGAGGGGUUCGUGGAAGAAGAAAAUACUCGAAAGGAAAAGGAGGCUGAAGCUAAGAAAAAGCGUUUGGAAUCGGUCGACAAAGUAUCUGAGGGAAACGAAAGUGAUGAAGAAGCUGUGGAUCGAGAUGAUAUGCCGGCAAAAUUUCUCGAAUGGGGUCUUGAAGACGAAGUUCUCUAUGAACAAGAGAAUGGAAAAACAUUCGCUCCUGAGCACCCUGAAUGGUUCAAGAAGGAGAGAGAACAACUCCCGGAUUUCUAUCAAGUUAUAACAGUGGAAAAGACUGAAGCUACUGAUAAGAUCAUCAGCUGGAUGUACGAAAAUGUUCGAGGAAUGUUUGUAGUGAAAAGACGUGGUGGAGUAAUCCAGUAUUUCCAGACCGGAUUUGAUCUUUUCUCACUUCCCAGGUGGGAUCUACGGGAACUUGGUCGUCUAGACAUAUUAAACCCUGAAGAAAGAGGAAUCGGGAGGGAUUUCGAGCGAAUAAUUGCCAAAGAAAGUAACAGGGUUUCCCGAAUCAUGCUCCGCAGCGUCCAAGACGCAGAGUCUCAAAAACAACCAUCGAUCCACAGGACCGGUGAAGCUGUAAUAAGAUCCAAUGAAAAUGUGGAUAUUCGUAUUCUGGAUCCGAUGGAUGUUUUUAUGUUUGGGCUCUCAGAUCUGACAAUAUUAAACGCUAGUCGUAUAAACGUGGGAGCGGGUAACGCAAACAUGGAGGAGGCAGCGUUAUUUCAGAGAGCGGUGGAGCGAGCCUGGAAUUUGAAAAGGAAAAUGUUGGAUCUGGUUGAUAAAAUUGAGAAGAGGAAAGAAAAGGAAGAUAAGAAAAGGGAAGCAAGAAAGAAGAAGAAACACGAACGAAAGAAAGAAGGAACUUCUGCUUCUGCAACUGAACCCACCACUACAUCACCACCUCCGGCCUCAUCCACAUAUGAGGCCACUAAGGAGGACCAACCAAUUUGUGAAGCUGCAAUUACUCAAGAAACUUCGGUUACACCAACCGAGACUCAAGCACCACCAGAAACGACAGUGCAUGAAGACAGUCCCAAAGAGCCUGAGAAGCAAGCUACAGAAAAUCCAGCGGCCACAACUGAAGAAUGA